UGUGGACUUCGUACAGGAAUCGAUGUUGAUGAGGCUAAAGUUUUGUUCCAAUCCACGGUGAAUGCUAUCAUCUAUCUCCUGUGGGAUUGUCCUAGAUCUCCCACAUUUCUUGGAUACUGAUAUUGGUGAAGUGCUUGCCCCUGUUUCAUGACUGAAGAAUAGUCAAAGCAGCAAAUCUUUGCUCGAAAUUGGCAAACUUGGGGUGAAUUAAUUAUCUUGGCAAUCUUUGUGUCGUAUCCGUAUCGAGAUUGUACCACUUCCGGCUUUUCGUGUCUUUGGUGCGAUUUGGCCAUGGCCUCCGAUCUCAAAACUAGUGGAAUCGGUGAAACAAACUAUGGUGGAUUGGGUGGGUCGACAUGUCAGAACGUGGCUACAUUCGUCCACAAAAUACCAUCUCCUACACCAACGAGCGUAAUACAGUUCUACAACCAACACAAUUCCUACAACCCAGACAAUCACAGACACACCAUUCUUGAGGAGCCAUCUAAAGACGCUACUGCCUCCGUCACGAUGACGUCAUACAAGCUGGAUACUGGUGUUUUCCUUCAGCAGUUUACGAACAGCGUCAGCCGGGCCCUUCAUAAGCAGACGUGUAGCUGCAGCGGACGAUCCUACUCGGCAGACGAACUCUUUCUGAGGAGUAAUCCCGCCAUUUUUGCUACGAAUGUCACCGAGUCGUGCAGUCGACAAUCCACUGCCGACUCGUUACCGUUCGUGUCCAGAUCCGGCUGUAUGGCUAAACACAAGACAGAUGCAUCAACGGCAAAACACUCUUCUUCUUCUCCGAAUAUGAAAUUGGAGUAUGAGUUUAUUCCACGUGGUAGUCCAACCCACCGCAUGAAGAUCAAGAUGCUAGGAGAUGCCUCUCCGAUGAAAAGAUUGAAACGGCAGUCAAAUUUACCGGAGAAAAUGAACGUGACCGAUAAGAAUGGACAGAACUGGCAGGUUGUUCAGAACUUCCCGAAGCACGUGAAUAGGUCAUCUUCACAUCAAAACCCAUCGUGCUCUUCGCAAGAGCUCGAGUUGCAGACACCGCCAAACACAUCUCGUCUCGCUAUGAUGGAGGUAGGAAGAAGCAAACAUGACGCGUCUGAAAGAAAUUCCCCAAGACAUCGAGGUAUCCACCUCCCCAAACACAUCACCAAUGAAACUGAUAUCACUCACAACAACAGUUUAGAGCACAUACAAAUACAAAAUGCUCCAUCUCCGGGUCCAACGCCCACUGAUCUACCAGUCAUAGACCUUGAAUCAACCCCUGCCGACGGCUUUCUGUCCAGCCGAAACACGCCUCGCGAAGCCGAUCGAAAGUUCAUCCUCUCGCUGUUAAAUUCAGCAGUGAGAAAGAGACAAAUUACGUACGAGGACUUCCUCAAAAGAGCAUCUCAGCUGACAUCGGCCUUGUCUAACAGGGACAAUAACGAAGACGGGUUGGUUGAGAGUCGAAACCAGAAUAAUAACAGUCCUUCAUCUGAUGUGUCUGAACUCAAGAGUGGGGGUACGCACCUCCCGAGUUUAAACGCCUUUGACAAGACUGGUGAGCAAGUACCGGCCCAACAUCACCUACCAACACAACUGGAAGACCUGUACACGAAGGGACGUCUGAAGAUUCUUAAGUUUGACAUUGGAGGAGUGCUUCCCGACAAUUUCCUUCAAAAGGACAGGGACAAACUUCGACAGAUGUAUCCAAUGUAUGACUGGCGUGUUGGGCAGGGUGCAAGGUUGGUGAAAAUGAAACACUCACCCGUUAAAACAGUUGCACCAAACAAAAAGGACAUUCUGGCGACAAAUUGUACGCUUCAGCUUCCGAAAAUGUUCCCCAAAGAUGGAGGGAAAGAUUUACGGGACAAAGGACAUAAUUGGCGAGACUGGAAGAGCCCAAGGAGGGCUGUAGGUGUGAGGGGCGACAGCUUUGCAGUGACCGAUCAAUCUGAAGCUACGAAUGGGAGUAAAGUCAAAGAUGGGGAAAGUGGAGCGGCCGCGAUGGAAGAGGAGCGUGUUGGGGACGGCGAGGCCAUGGAGGAAAUGCGUCCGUGUUCGGGGUCGAUGAUCCCGAGGCAGCCUCCACCAACUCCGAUGGAGAGUAGACGUAAACAAACAUUGGAAACACUCAAAGAAAUAGACUAGCUGCGUGGACGAACUGUCGUCACAUUGUGUAAAUUGUUAUAAAUGUACCAAUAACUGUUUGUUGUGUUUAUCGUUUUAACAAUUUUACUAUAAGGAAGCACAGGCAUGAUACUUCACAGAGGCAACGAAGGUGAUUGUUUCCCCAUGCCCUCUGGUCAUUACCUUGGUGCCCUUGAAAACCUCCUAAAGAACGUUACAAUUUCCUGAUAGGGUGCCUUUUACCAAGGAGAAAAUGGCUAAGUGCCCUUGCCCUUUAAAAAAAACGAAGCAUACAGGCCUGGACAAGCUCCGUAAACGAACUAUCAUUUUGGCAUAGACACAUUGUGUGAAGUGUUAUAAAUGUACUAAUAACUGUUUGGUUUGUUUAUUGUUUCACCAUUUUCAUAUGGAAGCAAAUAACUACCCUGGGCCCAAUUUCAUAAAACUGUUAGGCAGAAAAUACUGCUUGAUAAUUUUCUUUGCUAAGCAAAAAUUCU